AUGUCUCAAAAUCCUACAUCGAAAAAAGGAUUAAAGCUGAGUGCUCCUUUUGAGCCAACAGCCAAUCCUUCCUUUGCACAACCUUAUUACCCUCCACCAAAAUAUUAUAACGAACCACCCUACUACGCUUAGACUUAUGUCCCUACCUCAUCAAACCAACAAGGAAUGCAUGAAUAGGGAAAUACUAUAAACUCAUUGUCUCUGAAUGGAGGUAACAAUGCAAAUCUAAGUCAAUCAACAUCCGCCAAUGCAACCAACGGAUAAUAGCCACAAUAAAAUGCUUAAAAGCCUAAGAAGAGAUUGGUGUUAAAUAGUAACACUCAAUAAAAAUUUGUACUUGAUCAAACUGUGGAAAAGAAAGCUGAUGAAGAGUAGAGGAAAUUGGAAGAGUAAAAGAAGUUAGAAGAAGAGAAGUUAAAAAAAGAAUAAGAAUAACAAAGAUUGCUAGAGCUAAGAAAACCUAAACCCUACUCGAAGGAAGAACUUAAGAAAUUGGUCGAGGCAAUUAAUGAUUUCAACGAGUAUUUUGAUAAACAAGAGUGGUAACUUUUAAAGGAAAGAAAGCACUUUAACAUAAAAGAGUUAUAAACUAAAACUCAGCCUCCUAGAAAGGAAGGCAAGGUAAACACCUAUACAAAGACACCAAAUCAGAGACCCCCUAAUAAACCAGCUGCACCUACAGUUUAACCAUUUGACAGAGCACAAAUCUAACCAGCAACUGAAACUCAACCAAAGAUCAUCAUUGUUAGAGUUGUUGAAGACAUUCAAACCAAAUAGUUAAAAGAUAGAAUGAAAACCUAAGCAGAAGAUUUCUUCUAGACUUUGAAUCAAACUCCUGAAUAGAGAGAGAUCAUUUUCAAAGAACUGAGAUACAGAUUGAAUUAAUUGGCACCAGACAAUUUUGAAAUGGCUUCUCAAAAUAUUAUAAAAGUCGUAAUAGAUAAUAAAAGUGAAAAUGAUUCAACCUAUUUGGAGUAUUUGGCAUAAAAAAUCAUUGAGAAAUCCUAAACUGAACCAAAAUAUAGAAAACUAUACACCAAAUUAUGUUAACUCUUAAUCAAAGAGCCAUAACUCACCAUUGUCAAAGAGAAAUAGGAUGGCAAGGCUAAGAGUGUGUCUCUCUUUAAGAAUCAACUUCUUAAUUAAGUCCAAUAAGUCUUUGAUGAGAGAAAGAACAAGAAGGAAGAUCUGUCUCACAUGAAACCAGAGGAAAGAGAAUAAUAUCACUUAAUUAGAAAAUAAAAAAUUAUGGGAAAUGUCCGCUUUAUUGGAGACUUAUUUUUAUCCAAAGUGCUUCCAAUCUUAGCUGUCGAAUAUGCAAUCAGAGAAUUAAUUUCCGAUUAUGUUGCCUAAUAUUUACCAAAUCAAGAGAAUAGUGAAGAAUCUAUUGAGGGUUUGAUUGAAUUAUUAGACUAAAUUGGUGGAUCAUACAAGACUUAGAGCAUUACUGAUUUUGAUGUUUUGAAGAAGGAUCUCGAAUAAUUCUUUGACGGUACAACCAAAAAUUUGGAAGAAGCUAAAGCAUUCUUAUAAAAAAAGCUUGAAAAAAACCUAUCCAUUGAUAUCAUUAUGGAAAUAUUCAAUUUACUUAUAUCUAAGUAUAAGGUCUCAUAAAGAAUUUCUAUGUUGAUAGAAAAUGUGUAAGAGAGAAGAAACUAAGGAUGGAAGGAUCAUUAUAGCAGAUAAGAUUAAGCUUAGAGUGUAAAGACUAUUCAUCAAGAACAAGAGAAGGAAAUUAUUGAAUAGAAUUAUAAUCAAAGUAAGAAUAAGAACAAGAAAUAUUAAACAUAAUAAGUGCUCUAUGUUGAAAAAAAUUCAAGUUAAUAAUCAUCUUCAGCAUCUUCUCAAUAAAAGUAGUAAUUGUUUGAUUUAAAUGAAUUGGCAAUCUUUGUUUAAGGAACCUUCAACAUGGAACCCUAACAAUAGGAAGCUAAACUUUUGGAAGAAUUGAAAAGAGUCGGACCUUCAGAUGAAGCAAUUCAAAAGUUCUUCGAAAUUUUCUUUGAAUAACUUCUUUCAUAUAAAUUAAUUAAACAGAAUAUUGAAAGAGCUCAAAUGGUCUUUGAAUUAUUGAGCAAAGCAGAAGCCAAGGAAGAGAUUGUCAAGAAGGCUACUCAGAAGGCUUUGAAUGAAGACAAAGUGUACGAUCUAGCUGAUUCACCAACAGCAAUUGAUUUAUUGGUUGAUAUCAUUGGGUAUUUCUUAAAUGAUUCAGAUAUCAACUCAUUAAAGAAAUUGUAUUUCAAACCUGAAGUUGACAUCGAAGACUUUAAUGAUUUCAUGAGCAAGAUAGCCACUCAAUUACUCAUUAAAUAUUCUGAUAAAGAGAAUAUAAUUAAAGAAUACUAUGGCAUCCUAGGUUAUUAAAUUUGAUUAUAUAUAUUUGUUGGAUAUGUAGUUGUUGUAUAAGUAUUGAUAUUUCCAAUCAAA